AUGUUGUUUCGUUUCGUACUAUUCAUUAUCGCUAUUGCUAACACUCAAGCGCAAACGCGUCUAUGUGGUACGAUGCAAUCAGCUUUCGAAGCUGAUUUUCGUAUUGUUGGCGGUCAGGAUGCAUCCGAUUUUGCUUGGCCAUGGCAAGUUUACAUCUCGGUUAGAGGUCAAUUUACGUGUGGAGGAACUUUAAUCGAUCGACGACAUGUUAUAACAGGCGCCCAUUGCAUUGUCGGUGUAUCAGAUGAUGCCAAUGAUUAUCUUGUUCGUGUCGGUGCACACAAUAUGAUUCGACAAGGUUACUAUGCCGGUACUAUUUACCGUGUUUCAGCAAUCUACGUUCAUGAAGACUAUGUCAGCGCUCAGAAUGGAAAUGACAUUGCUAUCAUAAGAUUGCAGUAUGCCGUUGAUACCAGUGAUACUGUAAAUAUUGUGUGUUUACCACCCAGUGCGUCAUUUGUAGUACCUACGUAUCGACGUGUGGUAAUCACAGGAUUCGGUUUGACUAGCGAAGGUGGCAAGUUACCUUAUACAUUACAGCAAGCAAGUAUACAAAUACUACCAACGUGUGAUGGUAUAUAUUCGCAAUAUAAUCGUUACACACAAAUAUGUGCUGGACUACAAAGUGGUGGUGUGGAUACAUGUCAAGGUGACUCUGGUGGUCCUUUGGUAUAUAAACCGCGUGGAUCACAGCAGUGGGUUAUUGUUGGUAUAACAUCGUAUGGCGUUGGUUGCGCGCGUCCCGGUUAUCCAGGAAUAUACACGAAUGUGGCCGCUUUUCUUGGUUGGAUUCAACAAAUCUCUCAUCAUCCACCAAUAACAAAUUUCUAUGUAUCAAAUCGAAAAGAAGGUUUUGCUGUACAAGGAAGUAUUUUGGCACGAUCAAAAUUCUAUGGCAAUAGCCUUUCGGCUAUACUCGACGGAGCUGCACGACUAACACUUCUCAGCCGAGGAGAGGAUUACAUUAUUACUAUGCCAUAUGCUAAUUGCAAAGGUAUUCUCAUUGGUAAAUUGACUAUGGAAUUAGGUGGUAAAGUAACAAUUGUUUGUGAAAAAACUCGUUACUCAGCUGAUAUCGAAUUUAAAUUAAAACCAUUUAUUGGUGGUCAAGAGCUUACGAAUCAUAUCGAAGGAAAAAUACGUCUGGAAAAAGACGUCAUAUACACGUUUUCAGGUCAUUGGGAUGACGAAAUAACAAUUGUUGAUAAAGCUACGAACGCGAAGAGUGUUUUUUGGAAAGUCACCCAAUCUGUUGUCAACUCACGGUUAAAACGCUAUGUCGUUCCACUUGAACAACAACAAGACAAUGAAUCUGAGAAAUUAUGGCAACGUGUCACAAUUGCGAUCAAACAGAAUGAUCAAGUCUCAGCAACCGAAGAAAAGACUAUUAUCGAAGACGAACAGAGAAGGCAGAUCAAAGAACGUAAAGCAACUGGUACUGAGUGGCAUCCACGCUUAUUCAACAUCGACCCAAGUACGAAAGAAUGGAUUUACACUUAUGCCGAUGCACGCCCAUGGGAUGCUCACAAUGACAUUUCAACUUAUGAAAGUAAUUUUGUUAUCUGUACGCGUACUCGUCAUCGCGCACAUAAUAUGAAUCAUACUACUCAAAGCUCGAAUCGUAACAAUUCUGCGAAUAAAUCCAUUGGGCAACCAUCCACUUUGGCACGUGGACCAUCUCCGUCAUUAAAUAAUAUUCGUGAAGAUGAAGCAUCUUCAGCGACGCCGACAAACGUCAAUCAACAAUCGUUGUUUUCGAAAAUUUCAGAAGAUCCAACCACCAAAUUAUUAAAACAUGUCGAAACUACAUUGACACGUAUUAACGAACGACUCGAUUCUCAUGAAAAAGAUCUCAAGACACUGAAAACGAAUCGUCUCAAUUCGAAUACCAAUCAAAUCACUCCGAUUUCACCGUAUAUUCAGUAUGUCUUAAUCAUAGUUGUGGCAAUCAUUCUGAAGUACAUCUUUCACUGA